AUGGCCGACCCGACGCCGACGCGUGCGGGCACCAGAACCAGCGGCAUGGCCGCGAGGAGCGGUGUAAUGUUCGACACCGCGGUCGCCUCGACGCCGGCCUCCGCCAGGGAGAUGCUGGCCGGCGGCGUCGCGGGCGUGCUGGCCAAGACGGCCGUGGCCUCGCUCGGCCGCGUGAAGCUCCUCCGCCGAACGGGCGGCGAACCCGGGGGCGUCGGCGCCGUCCGGACGCUCGUCGGGAUCUACCGCCGGGAAGGUGUCGCGGGGCUCUACCGCGGCAACGGCGCCAACGCGCUGCGCGUGUUCCCGUCCAAGGCGCUGCACUUCGCCGCCUACGAGCGGUACAGGGGCUGGCUCCUCGCCGCCACGGCCGCCCCGUCGUCGUCGGCCGUGGACGUCCUCGCCGGCUCGGCCGCCGGCGGCACCGCGCUGCUCGCGACGUACCCGCUCGACCUCGCCCGCGCGCGGCUCGCCUCGGGCGACGGCGCGUGCACGAGCGUGCACGGCGUCCUCCGGGCCGCGUACGCGGAGGGUGGCGGCGUGCGCGGGCUGUACCGCGGCGCGUGCCCGGCGCUGGCGCGCGCGCUGCCCAGGGCAGGGAUCAAGUUCGGCGCGUACGAGUGGCUCAAGCGGCGGCUCCCCGAGGGGUACGACGGGCGCGCGGACGCGCAGCUGGCGUGCGGGGUGGCAGCGGCGCAGCUGGCCAGCACGGCGACGUACCCGCUGGGCGUGGUGCGGCGACGGAUGCAGCUCGGACUGGCAACCGGUGGCGUGCUGCAGGGCAUCCGUGCCAUCGCGCGGGAGGAGGGCGUGCGGCGGCUGUACGCCGGGCUGGGGAUCGCGUACGUCAAGGCGGUGCCGGCGGCGGCCAUUGGGCUGGUGGCUUACGACCAGAUGAAGCUUCUCUAG